CCAGGGCCCAGUUUCCCUGUGCUAGUCCUUGGAUCUAGUUUCACCAUCGUGAUGAGUGCCACUAUGGUGUGUCGAGGCCCCUGGCUCAGCCCUGGGCUGCUUCUCCUGGGUCUGUUGCUUCUUCCAGCUGCGAUUGCCUUCACCAGCGCUAGCCCUGAAGAAGGCGAUGCAGAUCUUCAUUGUGUGUGUGUGAAGACCAUCUCCUCGGGGAUCCACCCUAAGCAUAUCACCACCCUGGAGGUGAUCAAGGCAGGACGCCAUUGUGCGGUUCCCCAGCUCAUAGCCACUUUGAAGAAUGGGAGGAAAAUUUGCCUGGACCGGCAAGCACCUUUAUAUAAGAAAGUGAUCAAGAAACUCCUGGAGAGCUAGGUACUAGCUGCCUAAAUCUGCAAUGUGUUACAUGGGAUACUGGAGUUUUGUAUAUUUUCAAUCUAACUGCUGUCUUCUAAUGUUUAUUUUAUCCUCUGAGACUUAAAUAAAUGCAUUGAACAAA